ACUCAUCUUCUCAGGGGAACUCACUCGUACUGAGAUGAGUGUGCUCAGCGGUUGCGGCCGUAACAGCAGCGGUUUUGAUGCUAAAAAAACUCAAGAGUGUUUGUAUCUUAGACAAGCGCAGAGAGCUAUAUCUGAUCAUUUAGCCUCGUUUAUCCUCCGAAUCUUUGUCUGAAUCCAGAUUCAUCGUCGUAAACCACUUCUUAAGGACCUGAAAGUGUCUCUUUAUAAAACCCACUCUGCGUUCUCAAUGAAACCGGAUGUGGUGAGUUUUGUUUUUCUUGUUUUCAAUGAUCUUAAAAGCUCUCAUGGAGGUGAGGUCCAGGUAGCUGCUUCUGGUGUUCAUCUCUACAACUGAGAAAUGACCUCACCCUUCCUCCUCCUCCUCCUCCUCCUCGUCUUCCUGCUCCUCCUCCUCCUCCCCUCCGUACGCUGUGGCCCUCUCUCACUACAGCUCACAGCUUCAUUAAGCUUCCUGUUAGCCCCACACAGGCUGUGGUUACCAGAGAAAAAGGUCAUUGGGCACCUAAAAAAAGAAGAAAGAGAGAGAGAGAGAGAGAGAGAGAGGGAUGAGUGUGAGUAACAGAGAGAGAGAGAGAGAGUAAAACAGAGGGACAAAAGAGACAGAAGAAACGGAAAUCUUCUGAAGAUAAUGAGUUUCCUCUCUGAGACCCUCUGAAACCUUCACUGACCAAAGACCCCAGAAAGGUAAUUUUCUUUUUAUUCAUUUACUUCUUAUUUAAACACUAAAAGAAGAAGAAGAAGAGAAGAAGAAGAAGAAGAAGAAGAAGAAGAAGAAGAGAAGAAGAAGAAGAGGCUCUUGUAAGAUUUUAAAACAUCUGUUUUGUUCAUUUAGGUGAAACUUUCCUGAGUGAUUAAAAAUAUGAAAUAGUGAUUAAAAUAUGUUAAAAUAUUCACAAAAAACAAAGUUUCAACCUUAAAGUUGUAGUUGAUUCAGCGGAAAACUAAACUGCCUAAUGACUCAAACUGGGGACAGUUUGUUCGAGUUCGUGGUAAAUUUGGGUCAGAGUAUCAGUUUUAAUAUCAUCGCCUCUUUUUUCUGAGGAAACGACUCUAGAAUCACCGACAGCUGCGUUUAUUACAGCUGUUUAUGUUCAGCUUUGUUGUUUCAUCUAAAAUAUAUAUUUUUAUUUAUGAGUAUGAAGCUGUGCGUUAGUGUGGAUAAAUAUUCUUACAAAGCUCUGUGGACUUUCUUUGUAUUUUAUAUAAAAUUGUAUAUAUUAUUUUAUCUUUAAGUCUGAAGUCAAGUCAACCAACGUAGAGUUUUAGAGAGGUAUGAUGGUUCAGAUCGAACCUCUCUGAGAGAUCUUUCUCCGUGAACACGGGACAGUUUUCUUCCACAGUCGCCUCUCUGAAGUGUGGGGUCCCCCAAGGGUCAGUUCUGGGUCCUCUACUAUUCCCUAGACCUCUAUGUUCUCCGCUUGGAGUCAAGUUUUAGAAACUCUGCUGAUCCUUUUCACUGUUUAGCUGACCAUGUUCAGGUCCAAAGUCUCUCUGCAGCUCGUGUUUAACUGCAUUAAUGAUGUAAAGUCACGGACGGAUCUGAACUUCUUCAGAUUAAAUCUAAUCCGAGGUGGUCCUGUUGGGUCGCCCUGACCCGGUUCAGGUCCUGCUCCCUGGGCUCACUGGACCCUCACACAGGGUCUCAUGUCAGGAAUCCUGGUUUAAUGAUCGAUGGUGAUUUUUAACAAACAGGUCAAAUGGAGCUUUUAUCAGCUGAGGAUUCUCACCAAAGUUAAAUCCUAUUUAAACCAGAAGGACCUUGAAAAAGUUCUCCAUGCUUUUAUCACGUCUCCUUUAUUUAUGUCGACGUUGGUCAGUCAGAACUCGACCGCCUGCAGCUCGUCUCCAAACUGGGACCAAGAAACUGGAGAUCAGAACUGCGCUGAUUUCCUCUCUUCACUGUUCGGGUCGAUUUUAAGGUCCUUUUAUUUGUUUUUAAGUCCCUGAAUGACCCAGAAUGUCUGACCUUGGUAAAGUGGUCAGUCCUCCAGAGUCCUGAGGUCAGCUGAUCAGGUGGUUUUAGAUGUUCCUCCGUCCUUUUUCAGAUCUAGAUCGAGGAUUUUGUGGAACAUUUUACGUCUGAAGACUCACCUGUUCACUUCAGCUGCUUUUAUUGGGGAUUUUAUUGAUCUACUAUAUUUAUCUUUAUUGUUGUUUUAUGUUUUUAUAGUUUUUAUAGUUUUUAUUGUCUCUGGUUAUUUUCCUGUAAAUCACUUUGGUAGACCACUGACUGUUUUUAAAUGUGAGUUAUAAAUAAAGCUCACAUUGACAUUAAAUCAAGUCUUAAUCCUAAAUCCCAAGUCAGAGUCAUAAUCCCUGAUCUUCAGGUCAUAGUUCAAUCUUUGUCUCAAAACCUCAAAUCCAAAACUAAAGUCUUCGGUGUUCAAGUCUGAGUCAAGUCUUUGUUGACAAACCUCAAGUCCAAGUUCUGAACCAUCAGGGUCCAAAUCAAGUGUAAAUCCUUCGUCUUCAGGUCCGAGUCUCGAGUCUCCAGUGUCCAGUCAGGUCUGCCCAGUUUAAGUCCUCAGAGUUCAAACCAAGUCAGACCGUUUUUAAUUCAAGUCUGACCAUCGAAGUCUCAGACCUCGUCCACAUGUAGACGGGUUUCUGCUAAAACGAACAUUUUCAUCUACGUUUGAUUCAUCCACAUGAAACUGCAGGAUGACGUCAUUAAAAUCGCUGCUUUUGGAAAUCUGCGGCCGAAGUGAACGUUUGGAAAACUCUGUUUUUGUGUUUUUAUGUGGACAUAAAAAAACAGAGUUUUAAAUUCACAAACGUCCGAGUCUGUGACGACUGACAGAUAAACUGACAGAUGUCUUUGUUUAUGCCGGGCAGUGGACGGCACAGAUCUAUACAGAAUCUAUCAAUCUAUCUAUCUAUACAUCUAUAUAUCUAUAUAUCUAUAUAUCUGUCUGUCUGUCUGUCUGUCUGUCUGUGGGUCUGUCUGUCUGUCUGUCUGUCUGUCUGUUACCUUGAACUGACUCACCUGUCUGUUGUUGUUAUUUUCUAGCGUUUAUGUCCAGUAUCGAUCUGUUUUGCGUCCGUUUCACUCGUUCCAGUCGUAGACGCAGCUGUCUCUCAGGAUGACGGUGGAUCUGGAUCUGGAUCUGGAUCUGGAUCUGGAUCUUUGAUGUUCAUGUAGAAACUCUUUCUGGUUAAAACUCGUCCGUCUCGGUGGAGCAGAAGUUUUCAUUUACUCGAUGUUUGAACUUGAUCAGAUUUCUGCCUUUCUUUGUGUCGUUUCCACUCUUGUAAACACUUGGCUGAUUAAAGUUGUGUAUCUGACACUGUGGAUGUGGUUUCUGAAUCUGAUGUUCAGUGUUUACAAACUGUCUUUAGUUGGUGUCGUCAUGGCGAUGGCCAGGAUGGAGCUCUUGGUUCUGGUGGUCCUGUUCUCACUGGAAGAUGUCCACUCUUACAUCGUCUCUAAAGGUACGACAGAAGAUGAGCAGAAUUAUCUGCCAACUACAUCAUCAUCAUCUUCAUCCUCAUCAUCCUCAUUGAUCACUGUUCGAUCAUCCUCAUUGAUCACUGUUCGUCACACGCUCAUUGUUCAUCUAGAUCCUUUCUUUCUGGUCUCUUCUGUCCACGUUUAGGACAUCCAGGACUCUCCUGUGUGAAUGAUUUGGUCAACAACGUCAGCUGCUCAUGGCGCGGCUCUCCCGUGGGUCCUGACGCCGUCUGCUGGAUCUGUGGUGUGAAGUUAUCGAGGAACAAGGAGAGACUCAGUGUUGAAAAAAUGUAAGAAAGCAGUUAAAAGAUGUUCCUGGAUCACCCAGAUUCUUUUCUGAGAGACUGUUUCCAGAGCCGGCCCAAACCUCAGUGGGUUCCUAAACAAAGUUUGAUUGUGGGGCCCCCUAUUUCUGUCAAUAUUAUUGAUUAUUGAUCAUUCACACACCUUCACAAAUCUCUUGAACAUCCCUGACAUGCAAACAGACCUUUAUUUUGGCGUUUCUUCUCUUCUUCCUUUUUUCUGCUCCUGAAGGAUUCGUCCUUUUUUAUGUCAUUGUUCUGACCCACAGUUACCUGCUCUUUAGAUGCUCAGUGACCAUUUCACAGCAGGAGCAUCAUGGCGGUGGGCGGAGCUUUGACAUGUCGGCAGUAAGACUCACAGACUGACAUCAGCAGCAGUACUAAAAUGUUUUUACUUUAUUUAAUUUUACAAUAAUCUAUAUUUGAUCAGACAGAAAGCAUCAGUCACACGUGAAAAAUAAGAAAUAUUUAAUUUUUCUUUGAUUGCUCUUGGGGGCCCCCUACUGGCUGCUCUGACUGCGUCAGUCCGAUCUGGAACUCAAACUUCUGCUCAUGGAGAUGAUUUCUGUUUUUUCUUCUCCAGACGAUGCUGCCAGUUAAAACUUCACAGAAACUCUUUUCCUGGGUGCAGUUUUGUCUUCGAAAAGGAAGUAAGUCUCCGACAUAUUGAUCAUAAUUGAACCUGCUCCGAACACCAAAUACACAACAAGAACCAACAGUCUCAAUAACCUGCAGGUCAUGUGACUGAAGGUCAUAUCUGGUCGUUUUACGUAGAGGUUGACAAAUAUUGAAUUUUCAGGACUGAUGCUGAUAAAGUUCAUUCAUUCAUGAGACUGACGACCAAUAUUUGAACUUUUCAGGGUUCAUACUAUUAAAAACUAAACAACAGAGUUCAGAUUAUUCACCAAACGCCCGGUGAGUUUAAAUUCUGUAAAACCAUCUCAUCAAGAGUCCACGUCCACUGAAGAUUCUUCAGCCACAGGACAGACUGAUGGCGUGAGAACACGUGCAAAGAUCGACCAGUUAGAUUGAAUUUCAUGAACGUGUUCACUUGUGUUGAGCUGGUUGGAUCCAGAAGGAGACCCUCCAGAAAAACGCAAUUUUGGGAUCGCUGAUUUCAUCACAAAAUCAGCCAAAUACCGCUGAUUAUUGCGGAUCAAUAUUUUUAAAAAAGCUGCAUAUUCACCACAAUAAUCAAUUUUUUUCAUGCAAAAUAUGCGAAAUAUUCCAGACUCGCUUGAUUUCACAAUCUCCGCACUUUUCUGCGUAACAUCGGGUAGAGGGGAAAAAAGUCAAAACCCGCGGUGACGUAAUUCAUCGUGACAUCAUUGACUCGCACCUUCACACACAAAACAACAGCGUAGCGUGAGCGUGAGGGCUGAUGGACCGCCACGUAUGGAACAAACUAAAAUGAAGAACGCUAAUCAAUCUCAUCUGCGACGGACAUUACCGACAAAGAGCGGGCGAACCAGUACGCCGGUGUCUUUCAUGAAAGCGAGGGAAACUAUUCUGCAACCCGAACAACAGCUGUGUGUCGGAGCGUAAAAGAAGAUCGUCGAUGACGAAAACCAGACGGUUUUAUUACAGCAUUUAUUUAAUCUUUUACAGUUCUGUGACUCACAGGUAGACGGCCAUGUUUAACUCAUGCUUAAGUUACUAAAAUAAAAAUAAAACACUUCUGUGGAGUAACUUGGUGCUUGUUCAUCAUAUCGUCUUUAAAACGCUCUUUUUUAUUCAGUAGUAGCCUUUCUGCCCGCGUUUCUCUGGAGGGUCGACAGGAGGAUGAAUGUUGCUGAAAAAAGAUGAAAACCUGCUAAAAAAAACAGCAUGACAACAAACUUCUGCCGAAGUCGGAAUAAGAAAAAGUUCAGUAGUCAGACGUUGACCAUGAUUGGUUCGCUGCUGAUGCCCCUCCCCCAUUUCUCCAUGACGACUGAUGAAUGUUUGUGAAUCAUUUCUGCCAUGACUGUGAACCUCACGGGUCCCUGCAGGAGUUCAACUGUUUCAGAGCCAUGCCCUACAUCCAUAUGAAGUGUGACGGCGAGUUGAUGGACAACUUGACCUCCUACGAUCAGUGCAGUCAUGGUGAGGGGCUUCACCUUUUUCACCUUCAAAUGCGGUUAAAAAAGAUUUCCUCACACAUGAUGGAGCGAAACUCUUCCAUGAGUUCUAAUGCGAAGUACAACAACAUAAUCUGGAAUUAUGAUAUUUCUUAAAGACCCACUCCGAUGAAAAUCGUGUUUUUCUUGUUGUCCAAACGUUCAUACGGCGUUUUCCUGAUGCGGAAAUGUCUGUCAGGAGGUUCAGUGGAGUGUGUUCAGACACACAGCUGGGGGCGCUGUGGCGCUUUAACUGACGUUUGAUUGACUCCCAAAUCUAUCGAUCAGUGAUGGAACAGUCUGCUAGUCCACUGAGGCGGAUUGUGGGGAAUCAACAAUCCACGGUUUGAUUUUAUUCAAUUUGACUGCGAUUAGUACAAGUGGUGACAGCGGACGCUUUUCCACAUUAAAGAAAAACGGAUGUUUGCGAUACAUUCCCGUUAACAUCAAGCGUUACGUUUCUACUGACUUACAGCGAGGGUCAUAAUUUUGGAGACGUUCACAAACAUGCGAGGUGUGUAGGCCGUCACAAGUUCACACGUGGAGCAGCCCUGACGCCAUGCUGGAACUGAACACACCCCACAAACGUCUCCGGUACCGUGAGUGCUGACCACACACCGAACGACCACGAAGAUACCUCGAAGUUCCUCUCACAACACAAAGGUUCGUUAAAUUUCUCUCUUGGUGAUGACGAUAUUCUGAAACAGGUACUUGCAGGGUCACCGAUUUCCAUCUUUUCAUGUUUCAUGUUUGUAGCGCCAUCUAAUAAUAAUAAGUUUAUUCCCCCUGACACGCGUUUCUCAAGAGACCCGAUGAAAUGAUACGAUCGGGUUGCGAGACGUGACGUUAGACGGUGAUUGGUACACGGAAUGUAAACAUUCCACAGGUGGCAGAUUUAAAGGAGAGGAGCGGUUCUGAUUGGUGAAAACAGGUGUCGCUGUGUUAAACCCAUUCCACGCCCUCUCUCCUCCCUCUCUACGACUCAUGCCGCUGGGAGGAGCUGAGUUAGGGAGGGGGGGAAACUUACGCCGGGCUGCGCCGCUCACCAAAAUACCAAAAUGUGCUCAGGAACGCCUUGUCGGCGCGGUGGACCUGACUUAUGCCACGCCUACACCAUGUCGCCGGCGAGGAGCGGAAAUAGAGCCCACUGAGAAAACUUUAAGAAGCAUAAAAAAUACGAUCAGAGUGGGACUUCAAUAAAAAACGCCGAAUCUUCAGACCUCAAAGAAUGAACUGAUAUCAGACUGAACAUUUUUGACUAUCGAGAAUUAAAUAUACACUAAAUCUGUGCGUGUGUGUGUGUGUGUGUAUGUGUAUGUGUGUGUGUGUGUGUGUGUGUGUGUGUGUGUGUGAUACAGUUAAAAUGCAUCCUCCCGGUAUGCCUAAUGUCAGCAGAUCUCCCAAUGAGACCCAGAUUUCAUGGAGUCUGGGGAGGCCGACCGCCAUCUUCUUGAAGGUCCUGGACUUUGAAGUUGAGAUUAAACAGAAACACCAGAAGUGGGAGGUGAGGACGUGAACGGAGAUCUUCCAAAAAUCUAUGAACUUCUCUUCAUUUCCCUCAGACCAAGUACCUUAUCUUAUCUUGUCUUAUCUUGACUGUCAGUUUUUUAUUCCGCUAUUUGAUAGGUAAUAAUAAUAAUAAUAAUAAUAAUAAUAAUAAUAAUAAUAAUAGAAAUAAUAAUAAUGGAGACGUCUGUUCAGAUCGACCCUCAUUUUGAUUUUUUUCAUCUAUUAUAAGGAGGCCUUGACUCUCUCCACACAAAAACAAGAGGUCAGAAUACGUCGUGGGAAACUAAAGCGGCACUGCCAGGCCCGGGUGAGAGUCAAACCCAAUGAACUGUAUACGAGCCACUGGAGCGACUGGAGCUCGACGACAUCCUGGCAAGAAGCAGAAGAUGUGGAGGAACCGUCACAGAAUCAAGGUGACAGAAUUUUAGUCUAUUCUCGAACAUUUUACAGGCCCUCUGGUGAUGAUAAUUCCAGUGUGCUCCUCCAGAAAGAAAUGAAGUUGAAAUUUAAAAAAACUGUGAAAUUGUUGCUUUAACUUUUAAACUAUGAUCUCAUGUCAUGUUGGUUCUCUGUUUUAGAGGAAUUUCGGACGUUGAUAGUAACGUGGGGAGUUGUUGGCAGCUUGGUUCUCAUCCUGGUUGUUAUGCUGGUCCUUUGCAGGUCUUGCUUGAGUAGAGGGUGAGUACAAAGCUCGUGUGUUUGAUUUCAAGAAGCUUAACGCUCUGAAGUUUUGAAACAGAGUGAAUGUUUCUUUAUGAGUCCAUGAGACUGACCUCGUCCAUGUUGUAGUUUUUAACUCCUGUAACCACCGCAAGGGGGUCGAGGUGUCAGGCCUCUCUUGGUUCACAGGGGGCGCCGGUGAGUUUUCAGUCCUCACUUUAGUAGGUUUGGUGGAGAACUUCCUUGGUGACAGUCUUGGGUACUGACCGACGCCCACAAGGGCAACAUGUCUUUGUGGGCUUCACUUUAGGAGAGCAGUUGUGACGUCCAUCAUAACUGAUUUAGUGCAGUCGUCUCCUGUUUGCAGAAUAACACAGUAUGUGUUUGUGUGUCUGUAUGCAGUACUCCGAUGUUAACAGGACUCUCUCGCUCUCUCUCUCUCUCUGUCUCUCUCCCUCUCUCUCUCUCUCUCUCUCUCUCUCUCUGUUUCUCUCUCUCUCUCUCUCUCUCUCUCUCUCUCUCUCUCUCUCUCUCUCUCUCUCUCUCUCUCUCUCUCUCUCUCUCUCUCUCUCUCUCUCUCUCUCUCUCUCUCUCUCUCUCUCUCUCUCUCUCUCUCUCUCUCUCUCUCUCUCUCUCUCUCUCUCUCUCUCUCUCUCUCUCUCUCUCUCUCUCUCUCUCUCUCUCUCUCUCUCUCUCUCUCUCUCUCUCUCUCUCUCUCUCUCUCUCUCUCUCUCUCUCUCUCUCUCUCUCUCUCUCUCUCUGUUUCUCUCUCUCUCUCUCUCUCUCUCUCUCUCUCUCUCUCUCUCUCUCUCUCUCUCUCUCUCUCUCUCUCUCCCUCUCUCUCUCUCUCUCUCUCUCUCUGUUUCAGGCUUUAUAAGAAGAAGCCGGUUCCCAACCCCUCCAGAUACUUUCACUCUCUCUACUCCGUCCAUGAAGGAAAUCUGAAGGUAAAAAGUCUUUAAAAUUCAGUUAUUACAGUCUUGACCACGACCACUACAAAGAACGCUUAAACACACAGUAAGUGCAGGAAGUUACCACAAUAUAAUAUACAAUAAACAAUAAACAUGCCAGGUACACAAUAUUACAUUUUCAUGAUGUUCACGGGAACUUCUGACCCUCUAAAGGAGAAGAAAAAAUCAUGUUUUCACUUCUUUUAUACUAAAGUCUCUUUACCACUAAAUGUGAAGUCUGAUACGAUUUCAUAAUAAUCAUAAUUCAUCAGUGACCUUAAAGCACUUGAUACAUUAUUCCAACGGUGGUAAACUACCUUAGUAGUCCCAGCUGCCUCGGGGCAGACUGGAGGAAACAUGGCGGCCGAUUUGCGCGUACGGCUUCUCUGACCACACAACGCUCACAAUCAUACAAUGAUGAGACCGUUUUUCUUAUAUGUCUCCAUAAUUUACUUCAAUUUAAAAAAGGCUAAAAUUCAAAAAUAAACUUGGAAACUUUCUCUUUUUAGAGACUUUGUCUAAAAUUUCCAGAUUUGAUCCAUUUUCAGAGAAAAUUCAGGGAAUAAUGGGAGAAAUGUCAGUAUGGUGUAAGCGUAAAAACUCUGUCACUGCUUUGUGUCAGUUGGUGUGAUCAGUAUUUUUAAAACUAUAAUAUUUGAGAGAAUGAAUGUGGAAUGGAAAGUACUCCUCUACUGUACAGCACUAAUAUAUAUCUGAACGGGUUUUUUACCUGAUUUGUCGAAUGUGAUUUAGAAAAGUUUUCAGCGUUUCUGUUUUUGCUAAAAUGCUCCAAUUUUUUUGUAAAAGAAAAAUGCUAACAAACGUAUUUUUGACUGAUAUGAUUAAUUAUUAAUUAUUAAUUAUUAUGAUGAAGUAACUUUUAUAAGUACACUUGCACACACUAUAGGUGGAAAUGUUUUACUGACGUUAAUCUUCUCCGUAGAAAUGGAUGAAUCCGCUCACGGCCUCCGAGUCCUUCUUCAUGGCCCAUCCCGCUGACCAGAUCUCCCCAGUUGAGCUGUGUGGAAGCCCAGAUGUAGACCCCUCCACCUCUCCGUCAGUAGCCACCUCUACUUCUGCUCUGCUAAGCUUUAAAGGCCACCCCUCAGCUGGCACCAACACCUCCGGGGUUCUUGACAAGUCCUCCUCCACAUCUUCUUCCAGCUUCUCCAACAUGGGCUACUUUAUGUCCAGCUCCUCUCGUGGCUCAGCUCCAUCAAACCCCGGCCGCGCUUACUUCACCUAUCAGGGUGAUAUCCGCACUCCUAACAACAGCCGCGUCCUCUGUCUGUCCCUCUGCCCCACCUUCAACACCUCUCCAGCCUACGAGUCGUUGAAGGGGGAACCACAGAGCCCGGACUCCGGCUUCGGCGUUGGAAAAGAAGAUGAAGAAAAAGUUGUGGGUGUAAAAGAGGAGAAGGACUCGGAUCACAGCCCUGCUCUUAUCAUCCUCCCUCUCCACCUCCCCUCCCAGCUGUUUCCUCCAUCCUCCUCUCCUCCACCCUCUCCUAACGCUCCAAUCCUGACUCCAGUUUCCACUGAUAGUUUUCAGGUGGAUGAGCCUGUGGAAGCUGGUGCUGGAAGCUACGCAGCCUGGCCUUUGGCUGGAGCCGUGUGCAGGUCAUCUUCCAUGCCGGUGGAGUCCGGUAAAACAGGGUACCUGACCCUCAAAGAACUGCAAACGUCAUUCAGCAAUAAAUCCAUCUAA